UGUAAGAAUGACGUGUAAAUAAUAACCUAGAAUUUUUUUGUGUAAUUUUGUGUUCCAAUAAGAAAUUGAACAAACGAUAAGAAAAUGGUUAUGAUGACAAUGAUUGCCAGGGUGGCCGAUGGCUUGCCAUUGGCCGCCACUAUGCAAGACGAUGAACAGUCUGGCAGAAACAUGGACGAGUAUCAGAGACAAGCCAAAAUGUUAUUCCGCAAAUUAGGCCCUCAAUCACCAGCCAGGUGUUCCAUAGAGACUGGCCAGUUUUUAUUCCAUUAUCUGAUAGAAUAUGACGUUUGUUAUUUGGUGCUGUGCGAGAAAAACUAUUCAAAAAGAUUGGCCUACUCAUAUUUGGAGGACAUAGCACAGGAAUUUCACUCUCAAUAUGGCAAAAAAGUGAACACAGUUACACGACCAUACACAUUCAUUGAAUUUGACACCUACAUUCAAAAGGCUAAGAAGACAUUCACAGAUUCCAGAUCUAGAAGAAACUUAAAUGUCAUCAACAAUCAACUUCACGAUGUACAAAGAAUCAUGGUACAAAAUAUUGAUGAUGUCCUCCAGAGAGGAACUGUACUAUCAGAAUUGGACACAAAAACGCAGAACUUAUCAAUGUUGACUCAGAAAUACAAAAAGGAUGCAACAUAUUUAAACACACAGUCAUUCUAUGUAAAAGUUGCAGCAGGUGGUAUUGUUUUAUUAGUAUUUUUCUUAUAUUUUUGGGUGUUGUAAUUGAUUGGGCAUUGGAGGUUCUGGUGUCACAACAAUUUAUUUAUGAAGUUGUGAGUAUAUGUAUUCUGAUGUAAUUAGACAGUUCAUAUAUAAAGCAUUUGUGUAAUGGAUACUGGAUAUAAUAAAACUACAAUGGUUAUAUUUUUAAACAAACUUGUUUUAAUUCUUCAAUUUUUUAUAAUGGAAAUAAAUAUUGCUUAAAGUAG